AUAGUUUGGCGGGGAUCAAUGUUGUCAUAAUCUGCGACUUCCCUCAUCGGCUUAUCUUUCAUUAGCUUUCGGCUUCAGGAGCGGGACGCUAAGUUGAAAGCUCUGUAUUUUUGUUUUAAGAUUUUAUUGAUUUGGUUGUGAGGGAUUAGUAUUUUGCGACGAUCAUCAACCCUGAGUUUCCCAUUCAGGAUUACCGAACUAAAUUCAACUCUGCGUCUCUGGUUGACGAACCCUAGAGAUCCGAUGCAUCCCAAAUGUUGCCGGGACACCCAAAUCCUAGUUCAAUCGCCGGAACUAGGAAUUCCUUCCCGAUCUGUAGCUGUUUCCCCCAUCACCAAUCAAACACUUUUCCACCUCAAACGCUCUUUCUUCCCCAAAUCGCUCUCUUCCCAACUCCUAUCGUCGUUCUAUUUCACUCUUAAUGGCAGGCCUCUUGCCGAUCAUACCCCUAUUUCGGUUUCUCAAAUUCCUCCCUUUUCCACCCUGAUUUUGCGAUCAAGGUCUCGUGGCGGUGGUGGCGAUGGCGGUGCAACUGGUGCAGAGUCCCGUGAUUGUUACCUCAAUAUGUACGCUGAAAAGAAGCCCGAUAAAGUGGACCCGAAUGAACAGAGGCUAUCAAAGUGGCUGAACUGUGCCAUAUCGAAUGAGCCGUUGAGGGAACCUUGUGUGGUCGAUAAACUAGGGAAUAUAUUCAACAAGGAAACUCUGGUGGAGGCUUUGCUGAAGAAGAAUCUGCCUAAGGAGUUUGGGCACAUUAAGGGUUUGAAGGAUAUGAUAAAAGUUCAGUUUUCUGUAAUUCCUGGAAUGGAGGCUGCAAAUGGUGAGACGCGUUUCCAGUGUCCUAUUUCGGGGCUUGAAUUUAAUGGGAAGUAUAAGUUCUUUGCGUUGAAGAACUGUGGCCAUGUUUUGAGUGCUAAGGCUUUGAAGGAGGUUAAGUCCUCAUCUUGUUUGAUUUGUCACCAGGAUUUCUCAGAAACAGAUAAGAUACCGAUCAAUGGGAAUGAGGAAGAGGUAGCAGUGCUGAGGGAGAGAAUGGAGGAGGAGAAGGCUAAAUUGAACGAGAAGAAAGCAAAGAAGAGCAAGAAUGGAUCGAGGAUAAAUGGGGAGAAGGACAGCUUGAGUUUGGAACAACCGAGGCUGAGCGGGAGCAAACAUGGUAUGGAUGUUAAGGUUGUGGAUAAAGCUUCUGCUAAAGUGAAAGGAAACGGGAAGGUUGUGAAUGGGAAUGCUGCUUUAAAUGGUGUGGCUGAUGGUGCAACCAAGCGUUUUAAGGCUGCUGAUAUGGCCCCUCCUAAUGCUAACAAAGAAGUUUAUGCAUCAAUAUUCACUUCUUCAAAGAAGUCAGAUUUCAAAGAAACAUAUAGUUGUAGAUCCCUACCUCUUGGUAGAAAUUGAUUGUUGCAUGCAGCAUGAAAGUAUGUACUACCUACCUAGCCGCCUGUGGUUUUAGAAGUUACUUGCUCUGUAAGUUCUUGAUCAACAUAUUAUAAUUGGAUUGCCGUGGUUUUGGAAUGAUGGCUCACUGAGAGAAUUAACUUCGAACCUGUGAUCUUGUUACUUUUUCUUCUCAUCAUUAUUUAUUGGUUGUUGACGCAUUGACUUUCUUAGAA